AUGGAGUUAGCGCAGCAAGCGCGGGAACUGGGCUGCUGGGUGGCGGAAGAGAUGGAGGCGCCCGUGGCCGCCCGGGCCCCGGAGUCGACGCUGCGCAGGCUGUGUCUGGGCCAGGGGGCCGAUAUCUGGGCCUACGUCUUGCGGCAUGUGCACAGCCAGAGGAAUGUCAAGAAGAUCCGGGGAAACCUGCUCUGGUAUGGCCACCAGGACAGUCCAGAGGCCCGUCGGAAGUUGAAGCUGGAAGCUGCUGUUGCCCACCUGCGGGCAGAGAUCCUGGAGUUAGACCAGAGCCUGGAGCUGAUGGAGCGAGAGACUGAGGCUCAGGACAUGGCCACGGAGCAGGCCCUACAGAGCAUGCAAGACACCCAGCGUCGUGCUCUCCUCCUCCGGGCCCAAGCUGGGGCCAUGCAAAGACAGCAGCGUGGGCUCCAAGGUCCCAUGCAGCAGCUGCAGAACCAGCUCAAGCAUUUGCAGGACAUAGAGAGGAAGGCCAAAGUGGAUAUAAACUUUGGACCUUUGACAUCAGCAGCCCUGAGCCUGGAGCCUGUGGUCCUGGGUGAUGUCCGAACAGCCUGCAGCCUCCGGACCCAGUUCCUGCAGAAGCUCCUGAUGCCUCGGGCCAAGGGAGGCAGCAUUCCAACCCCUCGAGAUGAUCUCUUUGGAACUUCCUACCAGCAGUGGCUUAGCUCAGUGGAGACACUGCUGACAAACCACCCUCCGGGCCACAUCCUGGCUGCCUUGGAGCAUCUGGCUGCAGAGCGGGAGGCAGAGAUCCAGUCCCUGUGCACCGUGGAUGAGCUCCAAGAUACAGAGAUAGCCAGCUCGGACCCUAUUCUCGGCUCCCAGGCCCCAGACCAGCCCAACUCCAACCAGGCCCUGCCGUCCAUGGUGCAUCUCAUGCAGGAGGGCUGGCAGUCUGUGGCUGCGCUGGUCACCCAGCGGGGCCCCCUCCUGAAGGACCAUCAAAUCCUGACCCGGCACCUCCAAGGCCUGAUGGAGCAGAUGGAGAGAUGUACCGUGGGAUCCAGCGAGAGGCAGGUAUUGGUGCUGGGGCUCCGGAGCUCUGCCCUGUGGGCAGAACUCAAGGCCCUGCAUGCCAUGAGCCAGGAGCUGGAGGAGGCUGCUGGGCAGCGGCAGCUUCUGCUCCAGGAGCUACAGGCCAAACAGCAGAGGAUCUUGCACUGGCGCCAACUGGUGGAGGAGACACAGGAACAGGUCCGCCUGCUCAUCAAGGGCAACUCAGCCAGCAAGAUGAGCCUGUGCCGGAGCCCUGGGGAGGUGCUAGCUUUGGUUCGGCAAAAAGUGGUCCCCACAUCUGAGAUGGUGGCACCACAGAGCCAGGAGCUGCUUCGGUGUCUAGAGGAGGGAGCCCAGCAUCUGCCCCAUCUCGUGCUGGGCACCCUGCUGCGGCACAGCCCUGGAGGGUUGCAGCCCCUCCCUACUGUCCUGCCAUCCAUCCACCAGCUGCAUCCUGCAUCCCCAAGAGGCUCCAGCCUCAUAGUAUUGAGCCACACACUGGGGCUGCCCGCAGGGAAGGCUCCUGAGCUGCUCCUCCCGAAGGCUGCCUCUCUUCGCCAGGACCUUCUGUUCCUCCAGGACCAGCGAAGUCUCCGAUGCUGGUAUCUGCUCCACAUGAAGACCAGCCUGCCGCCAGGACCAUCCACCCAGGAGCUGCUGCAGAUCUGGGCAUCCCAGGAAAAGGAGCAGAAAGAGAACCUGGGGCGGGCUCUGAAGCGCCUGGAGAACCUGCUGAAACAAGCACUGAAGCGAAUCCCCGAGCUGCAGGGAGUUGUGGGGGACUGGUGGGAGCAGCCAGGACAAGCCGCCCUCUCCGGGGAGCUCUGCCAAGGCCUGUCGCUGCCCCAGUGGCAGCUGCGCUGGAUCCAGGCCCAAGGCGCCCUGCAGCAGCUGUGCAGAUGA